GAUUUCUCUGCUUAUAUUGAACCAAUCUCCACGGACUAUGGUUUGGUUACUGGGACUAUUGCCAAUCCUUUGCGCCAGCGUUUUAGCCCUUGGUAAAGAUAACAGUGCUAAUAGCAUUGUACUCAACGAAGGAACUAUAAUGGUAAACACAUCUACAUCGGGCCUUACGGACGCGGAGGGAAAUACUUUAGUGCCAGGACCUGGAUACUUUCAAGAGACCGUGAUCGGCAAAAAGCCGAGUUCUUCAGGCCGUCAAUUGCCAGGUCUUGGAAAUGAUAUCGUUGUUAUAAGCGAAAGUAAGCAAACGAAGGGCGCUCAACAAAAUAUUGUUAACUCCAGAGUGCAAACGGUUACCAGACAGCCCAAAAAGCCCAGAAAUGACUUUAUUCAUGGUGAAAACAAGGCCAACUAUCCUAGAAAAGAUCUAUUUAAUGGUAGAAACGAACCGAAAAAUCCUAGAAAAGAUCCAUUUCAAGGUAGAAACGAGCCCAAAAAUCCUAGAAAUGGUCUAUUUAAUGGUAUAAACAAGCCUGGAAAUAAUCAAUUUCCUGAUGGAAACAAGCACAACUAUCCUGGAAAAGAUCUAUAUCCUGGUAGAAACAAACCCAACAAUCCUAGAAAUGAUCUAUUUGAUGGUAUAAAAAAGCCUGGAAAUGAUCUACUUUAUGGUAUAACCGAGCCCAACUAUCAUACAGAUGAUCUAUUUCAUGGUAUAACCAAGCCCAACAGUUCUAAAAUUGAUCCAUUGCCUGGUAUGCCAAAAUCUUUUUAUGAGGCCUUUGAACAUGAUCUCAAUGGCCAUCAUCACGAUUAAAACAUCCUUCAAUUAUUUAUUUAAUUGGGAAGGAAAUACACUUUUUGGUAAUUGAAAAAUAAAUCCAUAUAUUUUCAAAGCUAA